CAUAAAGGUUAAUGCCACAAAGCCAUGAACCAGAGGUCAGAUGGAAAAAAAUACAUGGCAUUAUGUUUGUUAGCCAUGUUCGCGAUUCCAGAACUGUUGUGAAGCAAUUUUUUAAUGCUAUCGGAGAGUGCGGGUAGAAAUGCUUGAAUGUGUAUUACGGAAGCGGCGGCAUCUGUGGAGCGAUUGUGCGGAGCCCCCACCCAGCCCAUUCCGGACCACCACCACGCCCCGAUCGAAGCCACCGUUCCGAUCCAUCGGGCGUUUGGAACGUGACGCGGUCAACGCUUCCGCGACCCAUUUGUUCGGCGUUGUAAGUAGCCCGCUCGGCUCUCGGCCAGCGCAGCGUAUUUAAGAGCUAUUCAGCAAAUUGCAUGAAAGAGUUUCGCACGCGACAUCAAGUGCAGUCCAACAAUCCGGGACAGAGAUUCCAGUAAUUGCAGGGAAAACGAUCGAGUUCUUCGAGGGAAAGAAUUUCUGCUGAAAGAUGUUUGGGCGUUGCAGUUUGCUAUUCGUGGCCGUUUUGAUGGCUUCCACGGUUUCGAUACACUCACAUUUUCCGGAGUACUGUGCGGAGUGCGAGCAGGAGGUGUGGGAGCAAGUGCCGUGCAGCGAAGUGCCCACCACUCCCGCACCCACGACAGCGGGGACGACAAGUGCCACAACGACGAGACCCGGUACCACCUCCGUGCCCAGCACCACCGAGAUACCCUACCCACCCAGCCCCGAGCCACCAACCACGGAUUACACCACCCCGCCAACAACCCCGUACAAGAAAUGCUACUGCGAGUGCAAGCUGGGUUGCAAGGAGUUCUGCCGCAAGGUGGUCUCCUCCGACUCCAAGCAGCCCCUCACCCAGAUCUCCUCCAUCGGAGAGUACGCUCCUGGCGGCCAGGUGGAGUUCAGCCACGUCCACCAGCGCAAAUUCGUGCCCAAGUACGGAGGCGAUGGCUAUGCCGGUCUGGUGGGUCCAGUGGGUGGCCCCAAAUCGUAUAAGCCCUAUCCCCUGGUCUACGAAGAACAAGCCGCCGCAGCUGCCCCUUCCCCUGCCGUGGCCAACAUAGCUGCUCCCAAUUUCUCGCUGGAGGAGCUGGCCCAGCUCCUGAGCAAUGCUUACAGCGGAAAGAAGAGCUAUUCCUCGCCCAGUCUGCCACAGGCUCCUUCCGUUUACUAUUCCCCGGUUUACAACAAGCAGACAGUGCCGGUCAUCAGUAAAGUUCUGCCAGCUCCCAAGCGCAGCUCCAAGAUUCUCGUGUCGGCGGUGGCCUCAUCCUCCGGAGUGUCCCUGGCCAAGAUAAAGACCCCCUACGAGGAGAAGCUGGUGGUGGCCACUCAGCCGCCAAGCUACGAGCAGACCACCUCCUAUCCGAUUGUGGAGGAGCCCAAGGUCUAUAUUCCCAGCCAAACUGAAGCCUAUCCCAUUAUUCCCAGCCAAACAGAGUCUUAUGUCAGCCCGGCGGUGAAUUAUCAAAGCAUCACAGAGUCCUAUCCCAAGGAGUCCUAUCCUACCGCCUCGGAGUCCUAUCCCAGCCACACGGAGUCGUAUGCCCCGCAAACGGAAUCGUAUCCCGUGCCACCUCCUCCGGCCCCGGUAAAGACUUACGACAACUCCGUACCCGGACCGGACAAGCCAUCCUCCACCUUCGACCUGGCCAUUGACAACUACCUGAAGGACUUUGGCUACGGAAACCAGGGAAGGGGCUAUGAUUACUGAAGGGAGUUAGGUUGCUGUUGUUGUUAAGUUUAGACUUCUAACUAGGAUAGAUAACACUGUUUUCCUCCAUUUUUAAUUAUUUAUAAAUCGA